AUGAGAUACCUCCGCUGUUGUCGCGGCUCUUCAGAGACAGUUUUUGCACCUCGAUACAGCCCCAAUGGUGCGCUUCAAGUCGUUCCCGAUGAAGAGCCUCAAGUGAUUCCCACUGAUGAGUCUCAAGUCAUUACCAACGAUGCGUCCCAAUUCAUUUCCGAUGAUGAGUCCCAAAUCAUUCCCAAUGAUGCGCCUCAAGUGAUUCCCAGAGAUGAGCCUCAUUUCAUUUCUGAUGAUGCACCGACUUUGAGAAUAUGCUUUGCAGCCAUGGCCCAAGGAAUCAGAGGAAGUCGGUGGAAGUGUCGAGAGUACCAGAUCAGGUUUCAAAACUUGGUUACGUGGCGACAUAUAUUUGAUCAUCUUGACACGCCGUCUGUACCGGAUUCGGACUCUUUGGGUCAAGGAGAUGAAAGUAGCAGCUACAACAAUACAGAGCUUUAUAUGACGACAGCAGCGUAUGGCGAAGAAGAAGCGUUUGAAGUAGAAUGUGAUGGAAAGAUUGGCGAUAGCAGGGCUGCCAAAUCCGAGAGUCGCUGGUCGCUCUCAACUACGCUCUCGACUUUGUCCUUGGAGACUGUUCGCGCUUCUGCGAAGAGCCAUUCUAAAAAGAAGACGUCGACCAAGACAUCUCUACCUUCUGACUCUGUGCAAAAGAUGCGCCUCAAGUCUAAACAGACAGACUCCUCGAAGCACUCACAACAACCUCCCACCUAUACUCGGUCCCAACAGCAGCAUGCAUCAUAUAAUAGUGCUGACGGUGCUGAAGAAGAGAAACGACGCCGCCAUCAAGACGCACUUGAGCAGCUUGAAGCAAACAGCUUUCAACCACAAUUGGGCACUCUCAAACAUCAAGCAUGGUCCAAGCUACGCAUGCUUAUCGCCAAUGGCUUGGAUGAAGAAGCAAGAGAAUAUUUUCCCAAAGUAGUGGAGGGGCAAGAGGCUCUUUUGCUGCCCAUCACACAGAAGAGAAAUUCUUUUAAGGUGAAUAUGCAAAACACGAGAGCUUCGGAUAUCGAAGACGCGAAAGCCGCUUUGACGCAGAUUGAAUAUUGGAAAUGGAGGAAUGUUGUCAUCUUGGUCAGGGAUGGAGAUACGCCUCUGGAGCAGACAGAGUGGCGGAUAAUGGAGAAGCCGCUGGUGCUUGAUUGGGCAUCCUCUUUCAUUUGA